UGUUUUGGGUGAAGAACUCUCCAUUGGAAAUCUCCCAUUUUGAUGGAGGAUCUCUCUGCGGUAAUUGAUUGAUUCAACUAUCGCUGAAGUACGCUAAUUGAAAUUCUUCUUCCUUUGCCAAAGAACAACAGCUGAGCUUUGAAUUUUGAUCCUAAUAUUGCAAAACAUUUUGAACUAUGUUUCGACUUUUGAAGAAGCUGCCUUCUAAUGGCGUUAUCCGGCGUCGAUGGAUGAGCAACACCACCACAGUAAUGAGUUUUGGAGACGGUACUCAUGGUGCUCUUGGUCUACCUGCUUCCAUCACCGGCAUCGGUUCCGACGCUUAUGAACCAACCGCCAUCUCCAGCUUACCACCCGACGUCUGUAGCAUAGCAGCCGGACACUAUCACUCACUUGCCGUUACCUCUCAGGGCCACCUCUGGUCUUGGGGUCGCAACGUUGAAGGGCAACUAGGUCGUGGUGUUGGUUCCCCUAGAGAAACAUGGAGUAGACCACAACGAGUAGAGGGCUUGAGUAGUGUCCGAUCUGCAUUUGCAUCUGGUGUUGUAUCUGCAGCAAUAGGACUUGAUGGGUCCUUAUGGGUUUGGGGAAAAUCGAAGCGUGGUCAACUUGGUCUUGGAAAUGGAAUCACUGAAGCUGUUUUUCCUUCCAGAAUUGAAGCUCUUGCUAAAGAAGAGAUAAUUAAGGUCUCGCUUGGAUGGGGACAUGCUCUAGCACUUACUAAGGAUGGAAAGUUGUUCGGGUGGGGUUAUUCAGCAGAUGGCAGGUUAGGAACGAGAGGAGGAACUACAAGGGCUUCUUCGCUGGAUUCAAACGGAAAUAUGUCAACAAUUGCCGAUCAAACUUCAAGUUCGAAGGUGGAAGCUGCUGCUAAGGUGGUCUUGGAAGCAAUGGAUAAGGAGAAUGACAUGCCAAUUGUUUGGGAGCCCUGUUUGAUUGAAGAGCUAGAAGGUGUUAAAGUGGUGGAUAUCUCAUGUGGGCUUGACCAUACAUUAGUUCUUCAAAGUGACGGAAUCUUACUAAGCGGUGGAAGCAAUACCUAUGGCCAGUUGGGUAGAUCAAAACAAGAUCUUGGGUUGCUUCCAGUUGACACAAAGGAACGUGCAGUGUGUGUUGCAUCGGGGCUCGGCCAUUCACUUGCCAUAUGCAAAAUCCCAAAAGCAGGCGGCAUGACCGAGGGCAUCCUUUCAUGGGGUUGGAACCAGAAUUCUCAGCUAGGAAGAGUAGGUCCAGAAAACCUCCCGAACCUCGUGGUUGGGCUACUAGGAGAAAAGCUGUUGUCAGUAUCCGGCGGUCGCGUGCACUCGCUGGCUCUCACGUCAGCCAGAGAGGUCUUUGUUUGGGGGUGCGGAAGAAAUGGGAGGCUCGGUCUAGGCAGCUCUAUAGAUGAACCCGAACCCAUGUUGGUUGAACUACCAGAAGGUGUUGAAGUUUUGCAAGCUGUAUCAGGGUUUGAUCAUAAUCUCAUACUGACCACUGAAACGUUUUAGCUAUAAUGGAAAUACGGGUUCUGAUGAGAAUGGAAGUUACGGUGAGAAAGAUAAGAAAGGAUCUCCACCCUUGAAUGAAUCCUAAUCGAAGAUCAACCCUAAGGAGAUGCACCAAAUCGAUUCUCAUGAGAAGCCCAACUCAUAGGGUGGGAGUGAGAUUAAAAGUAAUCAAAGGUUCAGAUCUCUUCUUACGAUUCUCACCUUAACUCAUAUUCUCAUACGGUCCAUCGACGUGAAAUACUGGUAUCUAUUUGAGCAACGUGUUAGUUUAUGCU